CUAACUUCUCAUCCAUUUCGCCAUGAAGAAAUGACGAAGAUAAGUUGACAUUGUGAUUGCUGAUUUGGUUGUAUAAUAAUAAUUCAUAAACAAUGGUGACUUGUCGAGAUGACCCCUGUGGAUUCGUAUGUAUCAUUAUUACAUACUGUGCAGUAAUAUAUGCCGACUAUGUCGUCGUAAAUUGGUUGAUAAUCCCAUCGAGUAUGUCGUCAAGCCUGUGGGGAGCCGUCCAUGCCCUAAUCUUCAACUGCAUUGUUCUAUGUUUAACUGUUGCACAUCUCAGAGCAGUACUUUCAGACCCUGGAAUUGUCCCGUUACCAACCACUGCCAUAGAUUUCUCAGAUGUAAGAACAGGUCAAGCUCCAAAGUCAAGAGUUGACAGGGUAUCUGGUCAGAGUUGGACUGUGUGUCAAAAGUGUGAGGCAUAUCGACCCCCGAGGGCGCACCAUUGUCGGAUCUGCAGACGAUGCAUUCGCAAGAUGGAUCACCAUUGUCCAUGGAUCAACAACUGUGUUGGAGAAUUCAAUCAAAAGUACUUCAUUCAAUUCCUGUUUUAUGUUGGUAUGGCAUCAUUAUAUUCCAUUAUUUUACUCAUCAUUGCAUGGACGGGGGAAUGCCCUUCAUGUUCAAAUAUGGAUGAAAAGAAUGCAAGAAUAGCUCAUUCAAUAGUCCUGGUCGUUAUAUCACUUCUUUUUGGUUUGUUUGUUGCUGCCAUCGGCUGUGACCAGAUAAGCGCAAUAUUUGAGGAUGAGACGUUAGUGGAGCAGGUUAAAAAUAGAGGGCAGCAGAGAACUGCAACUCAACGGACCAGGAUGGAUUUACUCAGGGAAGUCUUUGGAAAAGGUCCCAUAUGGUACUGGAUCAUCCCUUGCCGUUCUACUCAGUACAGACGAUUCAUCCCACCAAGCUUUAACGUGUAACGUCACCGUCCUAUCAUUGUCAUCACUUUCUUUCAUCAUCGCCUGAGGAGUCAUUCAUGAAACAUCUUGAUAGCCACUUUCACUGACUAGCUUGCUUUCAGCCAAUCAGGUGCAAGGAUUUCAGUAGCUUUUAACAGUUGGUGAGAACCAAUGACUACGGUGUUUGUUUCAUGUAAUGCUCUCCUUCAUCAUAAUACAUGAUUCGUCUCAGUACUUGUGCUGCUUCAGAUCCAGUGUGACAGAGGUCAGUGAGAUGGAUAUAUUUUGUGUGCAAUGCCAGUGGGAUAUGAUCGGAUGAAGGAGGGAGCAGUCACAUGGAGCACUUCUUCUCGUCCACCUGAGAGCUUAAACGGUUGUUGACCAGUCGAAUUCCAUACAAGUCAGUGGUUGAGAGUUGUACUUCACAAGUUGAGGGUUGUUCUUCAUUUUUUUCAUAGUCGUACGAUGUCUGCCCAAGUUUUAAUGACUUUCAUUAAAGCUACCCAAUUUCUUAAAUCUUAGAUUCUUAGGAAAGUUGUAAUUUGGGAACUUAUUGGAAGCACGUUGCGUCACAAACUCACACUUUGUGAUAAGUACUAUCUUGAAUGAAUGAAUCUUGAAUUAUGAGAAAUGGUUUCGUUAAAGUUGGGCUGCUUGGUCUUUAGCAGGUCUCCUGCUGUAAGGGCACUAUGGUGCCUUGUCACUGCCAGAAGGAAGCAACUCUUGUUGAAUGAGUUUCUUAGUAAAUAAUGAAAAUGUGCAUUUGCUUUUACUGGAUAUAUACUGAGUUACUUGCUUUUUGAAAUGUUUAUAUUUCAGAAAUUAGGGGUUGUGUGACUCCAGUUCCUUUAGCAUCAUGUACAGCAUACAGAAAAUGGCCCAAAUAAUAAAAAAUCUAGAAUUGCUUUCUUUUGUCAUAGGGCGACAGUAUGAGUCUUUCCAUGAAAGGGUUUCCGCAUCCCCCAUUGUCUUGUCUGUGGCGUGAUUUGAAGAUUGGUCAUGAAAAGCCAUUUCCAGUAUUCCUGCAUGAUUGACAAGGCUCUGACAUUGACAAGGUAUCUAAUCCUCUUUGAUUGCUCCAUUAUCCAA